UGACAGAGAUUUUCUAAAGUGAACCAGAUGCCAAAGUCAGGGGCUUUGCUAAACACAUACCUCUCCUCUUGUUGAAUGGAUCAUUCUGAUUGCCAUGAAGUGCACUGUAACAUUCAGAGGAAUGCUGAUUCUGAUCUUUGCAACCUAACCAAGCUCUAUGGAAAUGCAAAUAUGAUAAAAGAAUAAUACAGCCUGGACCUGAAUCAAGUCAGGACACCUCCCCUACUUGCAGGCACAGGGAGCUGUGAUGAUUUUAAGAGGAACAAGCAGGAGUCCUGCCCUCGCUCCUCUCCUGUGAUGAUGAUGGACUUACCCAGCCAGCACUUGCCUGUGGAGGUCAGCUGAAGACGACGCCACGCAGCUAAGUCUGGAUUAGCCGGCCGAACGAGUUUCAAUGCUCCUCCACGUUCUAAGAUGAAGUUAUGGAAAGGUGCUACUUUUGCCUUCGUGCUCUGUGGCGCAGCCCUGUCCAUCCUCUUCGUUAAAAAUAUGGCCACUGUCGAACAAUUCAAAUCUAGGAAAAAUUCUCCUUACACAUCUUUAUCAUCAUCAAGACCGUCCUCAUCAUCAACAUCCAAAUCCUCAUCCUCAUCCUCAUCCUCAUCAUCUGCAGAAUCGGCUGUGAUGACCCGGCAGAUGGGUGGUCUUCAUCGGAGAGCACGCUCAGCGGACGAGAUGAACUCUCUUCUCUCAGAGUUUUCCAAGAUGUUCCAGAGCUUCACGGAGGGCGAGCUUCAGCAUGUAGUCGGGACCUUGCUUGAUAGGAAGAGGAGGAAGAGCCGACGCUUGGGUGACAACCAGGCUCGAAGGACUAAAAGAGCCCGCAGGCCUAAACCCUGCUCCGUGAGGGAGCUGGAGCUGACUGUGAGUGAACUUGGUCUUGGCUACGACAGUGACGAGACGGUGCUGCUGCGCUACUGCAGCGGCAAAUGCAUGGCGCACCGGCAAAACUAUGACAUCACCAUGGAGCACAUGGCACGGAUAGGUUUCAAAAGGAAGGGCCGCAAGGACAAGGUUAGCAACGGACCCUGCUGCCGGCCGAUAGCUUUCGAAAAAGACUUUUCCUUCCUGGACAACAAGAGCCGCUAUCACACAAUACAGAAUGUGUCAGCGAAGCAUUGUGGGUGUGUAUGACCCAAAGAAUUGAACUUACCACUCUGUCUUGCUGCUCUCAGCCCCAGUUGGAACAGAUAAACAUGGCUAACUGUGGAAUAUAAACUCAUGGAGAACAAAAUGGAAAUACGUCCAUGGAUGCUCCAUGGUGACCUUUUUGUGACAGGAAGACUUGACUCUUUGACAUUUGUCAAUACAAAAUGGAACCAUAUCAAUGGACAGCAAGUGCUGCGUUUGUGAGGAUUCCAUCGGAAGAGACAAAAGAAAUCUCUAUUCAUACCAAAAGGUUUUUAUUAUAUUUUCUCACUGUGUAGUAACACUGUAAACUGUGGUGUAACAACAAUGUAGCAACAUUAUUUUUGUGUUAUUUGAGAAGUAGUACUAUGCGCUAGAUGAGCAAUGAGGGUAUAGAUAAAGUGGCCUAGAUUAUUGCUGUUACUACACAUUGGAUGUUAACCAGGUCCUAAUUUUGUGGAGUAUGUGAUUAUAAAGGUGACAGUAAUUCAUGUUACAAAGAUAAACGUUUUGGUUAAAAUUUGAUUCCAAAGCUUUAAAUGAAAUGAAAAAUAGAUCAAAUGCACGGAUGUUAAUUAAAGUUCUGCAUAGGACAGUUUGGACCAUACCUGAAAUAAUGUCCAAUAAUCAGCUGUCUCCAGGAAGUAUUCUGACUUAAAGGCCUGUUGAGUUGAGGUUAUCACAGGCCACAACUGUGUGCCCUGUUUCCAUGCUUGUACACAUUAGGGUUACUGAUUGCAGUGUUAUUACACAGGUAAAGGAACUCGUGUUAUUGAUAAGCAUUUGACAAUGAAAGAAAAUACUUUUCUAUAGAUUCAGGUUUGAUACCCAUCUUUAAUUAUUGUAUUUUGUAUAUUAAUGUUGUGUAGAUUAACAAUAAGGAUCUGUUUCAGAACACAUAAAUUAUUACACAUGAUUGAAGAGCAUGGAAAUUUAUCCCCAUAUGUUCUCAGUAGAAUAAUUCAUACUCAAAUAAAUUGUCCUUUGAUUCUUUUUUAUACUUUUU